ACACUGCUUUCCACUGACACUAAUAUAUAUAAACACAAAACGCCAUCAUUGUCCCAACAUAUUCCAAGAAUCUUCUCUUUCUCUUUCUCUUUGUGGUGUAAGCAACAAAAUUCCAUCAUCAAGGGUUCUCUUCUAAAUGUGUGGAGUUGUGUAUGCGUGAGUGUUACUGAGUUUCUAUGCCUGCAAGUGCAAGUUCCAGUUGCUGAAUUGAACGUGCAACUUGGCCACCAGUGCUGUGUUGACACCAUGUGUGUGCAAGAGGGUGAACAAGUUGGUGAGGAUAUAGAGAAAAACGUUGAUAACAGAAGGGUGUCAUGGCCUUUGCAUUGUGAUCUCUUGCAUGCCCAGAUGGACAACAGGGAAAAAGACUCUUCCUUUAGAACCCCCACUGACCAGAUCAGUGUUGCAAAUUCAUUUCCUCUGGAAAGCAUAUGUGAGGAUACAGAAACUGUGGACAAAAAGCAGAACCUGAUGAACUUUGUUCCUACUCUUCGGUCUGGUGAAUGGAGUGAUAUUGGAGAACGCCCUUCCAUGGAGGAUACACACAUAUGCAUUGGAGAUUUGGCCAAAAAAUUUGGCAAUAACGAACUUUCUGAGGAAGCUAUUUCCUUUUAUGGUGUAUUUGAUGGACACGGAGGGAAGAGUGCUGCACAGUUUGUUCGUGAUCAUCUACCACAGGUGAUUGUUGAGGAUGCUGACUUUCCUUUGGAACUUGAGAAGGUUGUCACAAGGUCAUUUUUGGAGACUGAUGCAGAGUUUGCAAGAUCAUGUUCUAUUGAGUCUUCCCUAUCUUCUGGCACAACUGCACUGACUGCAAUUAUAUUUGGAAGGUCUUUACUUGUAGCCAAUGCCGGAGACUGUCGUGCCGUGUUAUCCCGUUGUGGCCGAGCCGUAGAAAUGUCCAAAGAUCACAGACCAUUGUGCAUGAAAGAAAGGAUGAGGAUUGAGUCUGUAGGUGGAUACAUAGAUGAUGGUUACCUGAAUGGCCAGUUAGGUGUGACUCGUGCUCUAGGGGACUGGCAUCUUGAAGGAAUGAAGGAGAUGAAUGGAAAACAUGGACCAUUGAGUGCUGAGCCUGAACUUAAAUUGAUGACAUUGACCAAAGAAGAUGAGUUUUUGAUAAUUGGGAGUGAUGGAAUAUGGGAUGUUUUUCGCAGCCAGAAUGCAGUGGACUUUGCUCGAAGGAGGCUGCAAGAACACAAUGAUGUCAAGCAGUGUUGCAGGGAGAUAAUAGGAGAAGCAAUAAAGAGAGAAGCAACAGACAAUUUGACAGUGGUGAUGGUGUGUUUUCACUCAGAACCACCACCUUCUGUGGUAGUAGAAAGGCCUAGAGUCAGAAGAAGCAUAUCUGCUGAGGGACUUCAAAACCUUAAAUGCUUGCUAGAAGGAUAAAACACUCUUGUCUGCAAGGAAAAUGAUUUUUUUGAGCUGAGAUUAUGUGUACAUAAAUUCAUCCACAACAUUGAAAAUGCCCUCUGGAGAUAGAGUAAGGAACACUCCAAGAUGCAAAUUCUAAUAAAAUCAAUACCAUCGUCUAUUUGUUUUUCCCAUUAUUAAUGGGAAAGUGAGAAACUUGAAUA